CCUGAUGGGAGAAAGGCAGUAAUUCUUGGUUACUAACGAUAAAAAAUUUUGAAAUUUUUAUAGAAUAUUCCUUAGAAAAUUCUAAGAGCAAGUUUUUGCAAGAGAAAUAUCAUAUUGGAACUGGCUUAAAUAUGCCUUGAUUGCAGUGUGCAGGAUCAUGAAUUUGAUUAGCUGAGAUCAGCAAUCCUUAAUAAUUGCUUAUUUGGCCAGAGGUGGAUAAUGAAUUACUUAAUAUGCUGUAAUAUUGCCUAUAAGUAUUGAUUUAAACCCUAAUUUACGGAUGUAAACCCUUUGUUUGAAAACAGAGCAAAACUUCCGCACCAAAGUUGCUUGUUCUUCAGAACCUUGUAUUGGAUAGCAAAUAUAAUGAAUUUUUUGAAUUAGUAUAAAUCAUAUGCAUCAUAAACAGCAUUAAAAGAAUCACAGCAACAACAACAACAAGCAAAAACAGCAACAACAACAACAACACUUGCCACAUGACAGCAAAAUCUACAAGUUUCCACCUGAUGUCUUAUUCUCAAAGCACGGUCCUACUACCUGCUGCGAAAUGUUUUUGUGAAUGAUCUAAACUAAAGAGCAUGAUCCUCGGUGACCCCUUGAACCUCCCGUACUGAAACGGAUUAUCUUUACAACUUUUUAUUGUAGAGUUCUCUUUUCUUGAGCAAUGGGCAAUUCAAUUGUCCGUGUGUUUAAACGGUACUUCGGAAAACAAGAAUGUCGUGUUUUAAUGGUUGGCCUGGAUGCUGCUGGUAAAACUACAAUACUUUACCAUUUUAAGUUAGACGAACUCGUCACUACCAUACCAACGGUAGGGUUCAAUGUUGAAACCUUGGAACAUAAAAACGUGACUUUCACUGUAUGGGAUAUUGGAGGCCAAGAUAAAAUUCGAGCUUUAUGGAGACUUUAUUAUCAAGAAACGGAUGGGAUCAUUUUCGUCGUUGAUAGCAGUGACAGAGAAAGAGUGCAAGAGGCAAAAAUUGAAUUAUUUCGACUUCUAAAGGAGGACGAGCUCAGAAACUGUAUUAUUUUAGUCUACGCUAAUAAACAAGAUUUGCCAGACGUUAUGUCAACGACAGAACUAACCGAAAAACUUGGCCUGUUGACUUUAAGGAAUAGAAACUGGUUUAUUCAGUCAUCUAGUGCUGUUAACGGCAUUGGUUUGUUAGAUGGCCUUGAGUGGCUUGGAAAUCAGAUAAAAAUCAGAAAAGUUAAUGCAAAGUCUUAAUUUGGGAAAUCGAUCGCGGGCAAUUGAAUGAUGGGAAGGCAGUAUUCUUCGUGUUUCUUACGUUUGACAUUGUCAAGAUUGUUUAGGUUUCCCUGAUUGAAACCAUUUUAUCCUUAAUUAAAUAAUUCUUUACAUCAACAAUGAGCUGGACCGUGACAUUCAUUGCGACAAUGAAUAAAAGUUAAUACUUUAUAGCUAUUUGAAAGUUUUUCCUUUGAUUUUUGAAAUAUUAGUAAGCUUGAUGAUUAUUCAAAUCAUAUUGUUAACCAGAUAAAUUUUAAUUUUGCCUGACCUGAUAAUUCUCUUUAUGUAUCUGUUCACAAAUCAAAUUCCGCAUGUUGACGUUUUGUGGUAAAUAAAAUGUGGAUAAUAUUCGAUUUUUAUUGAUGAACAACAUCAAAUCUGCUUUUGUUCCCAUGUUGUUGAAGACUUAACUUCGUAGAUAUUUUGAUUUUUUUAACUUUGUUUAUUCAGGUAGCUUAUGUGCUGCAUCGUUUUGUUAAAAUAUUUUCGAAGAUGAUAAAAACAUGAAUAAAUGAUAAAAAUAAACAAAAUACUCAUUUUUAAAAAAAUGCCUAACUUCGCAUGCCUUAGUUCCGCGUGGUAACAGCAAAUUAAGCUCUGGCAACAAUCUAUUUCAAAAAUGACUGUUGCACCUUUUUAUACUUAUAUCAAGCUACAAUUCGAUCAAAAGUGACACGGGAACAGCAAAUUUAGCUUUGACAACAUCAGCAUCUGACAAUCAAACGAAUUUUACGCCUUUUUAUAACUAUAUGUAGCUACAAUUUGAUCUAGUAUGUUGCAGGAAAACCAUACUAGAAGAAAAUCUUCAUAUUAGUCAAAGGAUGACCUUCUUCUGCCAAGAAGAGACCCAAAUUUUUACUUUUGUAUAUUCUUAUACGUAUUAGACUGCUGACAAUCUAAUUACUAUAUUAUGAAGACGAUAGUACAUAAAGCUCUGACCGAAAACGUUUGACCAACAAGAAGUGUACCUUCAAAGUUUACGCAGUAAUAUAUGGUUUGGCUGGCUAAUUGCAUGGAACAGUUUUUGAUUACCUUUAAAGCACGACAACAUUUAUGCACGUAAAGAUCUUACCU